UUCCUUUCGAUAGAGCACAGAGGGGUAAAAGGUUAUGAAAAUGGCGCUCGCCUCUCGUCUGCUACCUAAGUUGCUUCUCUCUCGGUUGCUGCACGGAGGGGCCGCUUGGUCCUGUACUCCCAGCGAGGUGAGGCUGCCACUGACCAGGCUUUGCUACUUUUGCCGCCGCCGCCUCAGCUCAGGAGCGGCCCCCUUUCCCCGAAGCCCUUGGGCCACGGCGGCCUCUGCGCAGUCCGCCCGCUGCCUCCAGCGGCCGGUGUUCAACCCUGCGGGACUUCCCGCAGCCCUUGCUUCUUUCCCUGUGGGCCCCCAGCGCAGCUACAGCACGGAGGAGCAGCCCCAGCAGCGCCAGAAAACCAAGAUGAUCAUUCUGGGGUUCUCCAACCCCAUCAACUGGGUUCGGACUCGAAUUUACGCCUUCCUUAUUUGGGCUUAUUUCGACAAAGAGUUCAGCAUGGCAGAGUUCUCUGAAGGAGCAAAGCAGGCUUUUGCUCAUGUAUCCAAGUUGCUGUCACAGUGUAAAUUUGAUUUAUUGGAAGAACUUGUGGCCAAAGAGGUGCUACAUGUAUUGAAAGAAAAGGUUACUUCACUCCCUGACAACCAUAAAAACGCCCUUGCUGCUGACGUGGAUGAAAUUGUAUAUACAUCCACAGGCGACAUCUCCAUUUACUAUGAUGAGAAAGGAAGGAAGUUUGUUAAUAUCCUGAUGUGCUUUUGGUAUCUAACCAGUGCCAACAUCCCCAGUGAAACUUUAAGAGGAGCCAGUGUGUUCCAGGUUAAGUUGGGCGAUCAGAAUGUGGAAACUAAACAACUUCUUAGUGCAAGUUAUGAAUUUCAGAGAGAGUUUACACAAGGAGUAAAGCCUGACUGGACCAUUGCACGGAUCGAACACUCAAAGUUAUUAGAAUAAUCUUUCUUGGAAAAAUCAGCAUAUGGACUUUGAGCAAUUGCUGUGAAAAACUAAGGAAGAAAAAUUUUUGGAUCAUGGGAUCUUCACUUAAUCAAGCCUGUUAAUUUUGUAUCAUUUUGAAAUACUCUUUGCAAUAUAUUAGCAUGAUAUAAUAAAGUAUUUUCCACAGAUUGUAAUAAGACCAUCUUUAAAAGAGGUCAAAAUUAAAAAAGUACAAUAACAACACAUUUUUGGUGUCGCAUUAUGUAUAUACGUGUACAUACACAAACUAUCAUUUUAUAAACAUAAUGUGUUGAAAAAACUACUUACA